GGCACUGGCUUCUGUCUCGCUGGUGAAGCUGUUUAACGACAGCCGUUGUUUUUUUAAUUCGCUUUUUCUUUCGUCUAAUUCCUUUUUUUUUGCUAUUUCCUUACUUGGCGCUGCUGCUGUUGGUAUCCCGACUUCCUAGCAGCGGCCUCCAUCUUUUUCCGUUGUUUUCCUUUUCAUGUAUUUACUUCUCACAUCAAAAAAGUCAUUACUCAUAACACGCGCCUUUCCGUGCCACGUGGUGCAGGCCACGAACGAAUCUUCAAUCUCGAAAGCAAGACCGUGCGUGUUUUCUUCCUCCCCCCUCCCCCUAUUGAAAUCUUCGUUGUUCUCACAGCGGUCAUGUGUGCUCUUAGUACACUGAUUAGUGGCGUGUACCUCCUCGCCAUACUGCACUUUCUCUUCUUUCUCGUGCUGUUUGAACAGCACAUCGCAGCACUCGGUCUACUGAUCUCGUUCUUCGCCACGCUGCCCUUUCCUGCUCUGAGGAAACCGCUCUCGUCGCUGCCUCAACCCACGCAAAGCGUGCCCUCACCUCCUCGCGUGGGAAAUGCGCACCCAUACCGUGACAGCCCCGGCGAAGAACUGUUUUCCUCAUCACCAUGGGGGCGUGAACAGCGUCAAGGAAGAGAGCUGGAGGCGCGAACGUCCAUCACAGCGAGAACCCGGCGCUUCUAUGCCUUGCCACUCUCUGCGCACGCCCUGAUGUCACCGCGCGGCACAGCGUUCAACUCACGCGGAGGCGCCUCUCGCGAAAACGAGCUCUCUCUCACACCGCCCUAUUCGACAACGGGAGAAGCAGAGGAGGAGGCGGCGGUGGUCUUACGGACGAAAGAAGUUUCCAGUGUUUAUUGCCCUGACGCGUUGGAAGGAAGCAGCACCGCCGCAAGGGCCAAUGACGAAGCAGCAGUGGACGUCGCGCACGACCACCCGUACGAGCACGCAGGUCGCGCCUCUGUGGUGCACGCAGGAUGGGUGUGGGCCACAGCCGUGGUGUCGCUUUUCUCCGUUUGCCUCUCGACCGCCUUGUUGCUGUUUGUGGCGAAGUGCUCGUCUCAGGACCUACAAGAUACCGGUUGCACCGCACCCUCGUGGGCUUAUCGUGCGCCGCUGCGUAUCUUGCUUACUCUCUUUGCUGGUAUUCGUGUUGAAGAGGGUGGCGUUUCUCAGCGGCACUUCUUCGUCACCAUCGCUUCAUUCUCCACCGUGGGCGCUCUCAGUGUCGGGCAAGCGGUGUGUGCAACGCUGUUGCGGUGUCGUUCACGUACAAGAGCACCUGCUACCUUUCAAUUAGAGAAAAUUUCAAAACGCGUCGGUGCCUGGCUUAUGAGGAGCUUUACCUUCGCGCCUCUUUCGCUGCUGUGGAUCUGUGCGGCUGGCAUCGGCCAGGGGACUCUCUUUGGGUGCAUCUACGUGCUGCUCGCCGUGCUGAUGCUACUCCACUACCCGCGCUGCGUGUUGUCGUGGCGUCGGCGCUGUUGGCUUGUCUACUCCGCGGUCUUACUGCUUCUGUGGACUGUGCAAGCGUGCUUCCGUCUACCGUGGCUUCGCGAAUCCUUGGAAGGGUACACGGCAACGCGCUCGCCCGCCCGCCGCCAUCUUCUUACGGUGUGGGGGGGACUGCUAGGCGCGACGGCAGCAAACACGACAGCUUCGCGUUGGCAGGUAGUGGGUGCGAUCGGGCUGUGGUGGGCUGGCGUGGAGUGCUUCUGUCUUCAUACCAGCAGCUAUGUCACGCUGCUGGCCGCCUCGCGGUGGGCACCCGUCUACGUAGUGGCGCAGCAUCGCGCCCGGUAUAAACAGGCGCUGGCUGUCAAGGAGGGGAAGCAGCUGGCGUGUGCGCUGAAGCAGCGGCGGGUAGCGCAGCGCAAAGUGACAGAGCUCCGUCUCCAGCGGGAACGAAGGACAGCGAACGUGAACGGCGGACGCCGCGGCAGGGGUUGCGCGGCAACCGCGAAUACUGGUAUGGAACCUCCGCUGAACAACCCGAACGGCAGGGCUGGAAACGACAUCCUUCAUGGGGACGGGCACGCUCACCGCCGACGGUACGCGCCGUUUGGCAGCUGUGGAAGCCGUGGAAGCCACCGCUGCUCGACAGACGACAGCAACUUAACGGCACACUCCACGCAGGUGGUGCGCGGAAGGAAGGGUGAAUUGAGCGCGAUGGUGGUGCGGACUCGUGAUAGCUGCGGUUCGGCGCGGGCCUCCUUCGUAAACUCCACUGCCCACAGUCCUUGUGAGAUAGAGAGCCAGAUUAACCUGCACGCUCCGCUGCUCACUCCUACACCACCUUUCAAAGAGCAGCUCAGGCAACAGUCAACGUGGAACCGUCUGAAUAACCGCACUGGUAUCUACUUAUGCGAUGGCGGUAGCCGUACGGAAAAGGGAGGGGGUCCUUUGGGCCCCUCCGCCGCCGCCGCCGCCACCGUCACACUCGCGGCAAGCGCCGUGGUGGCUCGUUAUUCGCAGGAAAGCAGGGAUAAGGAGAGCGCGCCGCCUAGUGCAUCACGUCUGCGGCCUCGCGAACAUACAACGAGUCCUGGGCAUCCGGCCGGCGAGGACGGUGAGGACGGUGAGGAUGGCGAGAACGUCGAUCAUUAUUCGGAGUUGCUGAACACGAGCCCUUUUGCCUCUCCUUUCGCGUCCCCGAACAGGCAGCCAGCAGCAGCACCACCACCAUCAGCCUUAGCGACGCCUCCGCUCCUGAGCACAGCCUCCACCGUGCCAAUUCUAUGCCUGCGUGACGUUUCUGUGUCCUCUGAGUACUUUUGCUUUCGCGAGCAUCGACGGAAUGUUGUGCGUCGCAGCGCGUACGAUGCCCCUCGUGACUUCUCGCCUUUUCACAGCGUUGCCAACGGGAUGAUAGCGGGCGGCUCGCUCCCUGAAGGUGACAUGGACAAGCUUUCCUUGGAUGGCCCUCCUGUGGUGGACACAACCGCGACGAUGCCGGUCGCAACAGUUGAACCACCGGCGCACGCAGCAAACUCUCACAGGGCAAAGAAGAAGGCCGCGGUCGCAACCCCAACCGCACCGCAUGCGGAAUGCAGCGAAGCAGACGGAGAAGAUCAGGAAGGGGAGCCCUUUCGCACCUGCUGUCUUCCGCGAGCCGCCAGCAGAGCUUUUAAAGGGCUGCACAAGGAGUUGAAGACAUACCUAUGCGCGCACACGCUUAUCGUCGUCGGAAAGGUAAAGCCACGCGACGCGAAUGUGCCACAACGGAUCAGCGGGAGCGGCGAUGCUGCCCGCACCACGAGCGCGACCGCGGUCGCCGAUCCGCCGGACGACAGCUCCUUACUGUAUUUAUUAAUGCGCUACGCUGCGCAGCACUGGGUGUGGGUGUGUGCGCUGCUCUCCCUACUCCAUUACACCGUUUCCGGCACAGCGGUCAACUUGGUGCCGUCGUUGGCGAGCCUCGUGUACGCCGUGCUCCCACAUCCCUGGCCGCCGAGGUGCUAUGUACGAUCGGGAGUACUUUUCGCGGCUGCGAGCGUGUUUUGCAAGUGCCUGGUGCGAGCCACCCUCGUAAGCGGUGCUGUUCCCACUCUCUCAUCGACCGCUGCGCGCUGCCUGAGCGCGCUCCUCCUCAGCGGUCGGGUCAGCAGCUCUCCUCGGUCAGUGCUCUCCUCCUCGUCGGCCGUUACGGUUUCGUUCACCGGCUGGGAGCCGUGGUUCGACAUCACGAUGGGGGUUGCCGUUUUGUGUGCCGCUGUGGUGCAGUGGUCGUUGGUGUACUCUGAUCAAUGCGUGCUGGGCUGCGGUGCUGGUGGUAGUGAUGGCCGCAACAGCAUCGUUGAGGAGGGUCGUCUCCCCGCGCUGCUCUCUCGGUCCCCCUCACCGACACGCAACACUCCUCAUUCUGACGCGACCGUGCAAAGCGCUGAGGCUGCGCUGCACCCGUCAGACCACAACUGCACAGGGCGUCUAACGCGUUGGAAUCGGCGUCGGCGCGGCGCUGGUGCGGACUACUAUUCCAUGCAGCUUUUCUUUGACUUUUUGUCCCUUGUGCUCUUCUGUUGGGCGUAUUACGCCAUCGCCCCGGACGACACCGCACCGUCGCAGGACAACCUCUUCUACGCUGUGCAGCAUAACCGCCUUCCGGGAGUCUUCGUGGCCACCACGCUGGGCUUGGUGGUCGUGCUAUUCGCCGAGCGCGUCAUCUACGUCCUGCACGCCCUCGUCGCCAAAUGCAUGCUGCACGUUCUCCUCGCGCUCACGUACCACGCGCUGUACCUUGCGUGGUACACGAUGCGUGAUGCGAGCAGCGGCCUGUCCGUCACGUCUGUUUCUCUCUUGAUGGCCGCCAAGCUCGCCUCGCUGUGGUGCGGGGCACUGCAGCUGCGCCACGGCUACCCGCUGCACCGCGCCCACGAUCCAUUCACGAUGAGGACGGACGCCGUGCACUGGUUUGGGCACAUGGUGUUUCGCGUCGUGCCUUUCCUGUUGGAGCUGCGUGUGCUGCUUGACUGGUCCUUCAGUGCGACGACGCUGAAGGUGCAGCACUGGAUGCUCCUCGAGGACAUCCACCACAACGUGUACCGCCGGUAUGUGGACAUGCACGACCUGCAUUGGACGAGUCGCCACCAGGGCCGCCGCUUCCCCUACUACGUGCGUGUCUACCAGGGCAUGCUAAGCUUCGCCGCGAUUCUGCUGGUGCUGUUUUUCCCUCUUUUCUGGUACUCCACCUUUGGGCCGCAGGUGCACGCCAGCCGGGUCACGGCGUGGACGAGUGACGUGGCAUUUGGCAGUCUCUCUGCCUUGCCCCUGUACAGUGCGGAUGCACAACUCUCGCAGGUACCUUUCCGCACGGCCGCGGCGACGACCAUCGGCGACGCAGCACCGAAUCCGUCCGAUCUCCUUCGCAUUGCCUCGGCGAGUGACACGUGGCAGCUGGCACAGCCACCGCAGUGCAGCAGUCAGAUGUGGUCCUACACACCUGCAGCGCUGACACAUCUUCUUCACGAGCUUCGGUCAGAGGCACAACAACGGCAGAACCGGCGGGCGAAAUUAGUCGUGCGCAACCGUGUGACACGCAAUCGCGCUAUCGAGGCGAGCUACACGACGUGCAGUUUCGAAGAGUCGUACACGCUGCCUGUGCCUACUGUACUUACAUUUCUCCGUGUACUGGAGUCGUGGCAGGUUGCAGACUCCAAUGCCACCAGUGCGGUUCUCCCCCCUUUCGCGGUCCCGCUUCCGUCCUUCUACACCCCGUAUGUGGUGAGCUCCGGUUCCAGUGUUGCGUCCAUGGUGAGGGCUGGGCUUGCGAAAGUGGAUUGCGCGUUGACGCUUCAUCGUGUGGGUCAGUACAGAGGUUUCACGUGCUUAGAGUGUGCCUCGUCCGCAUCUGAAGCAGUUGCAGCAAGCCAAUCCUGGACGCCGAACGCGACGCAGACUUCCAGCUCCUCUCGCUGGCCGACGGCCUCUGCCUCGAAUGGUGGCCCCGUUGAAGCACCCGAGCACACGCUCGUCUACCUGAUCGCGUCCACGGAUGUCACCACGGUGCAAAGCAGUCUCUCACUUAUCCCGAACAUGGGCGUCAUCGCCCUCUACACCAGUUUCGUGCUGGUGGUGAGCAACUACAUCCGUGGCUUCUUCGCCGGCGAUGCACACCGCGUUGUUCUUCUGCAACUCGCUAAUCCCGAACCGGUGGCAGAGCUGCUGCGGUACAUUUACCUGGCGCGUUCUUGUGCGUCCAAUGGAGAUGUCGGUGACAUGUAUCUGGAGCAGAUGCUCUUUCUCGAACUGCUAGACCUGCUCCGAUCACCAGAGAGGUUAUUGGCACUGGGUGGGCGCCGCGCCGACGACUACGCUAGAGAGGAGUACCGGGAAGACCUGUACGCGGUGACCAAACGCCCUUUUGACUUGCGGCAUUAA